AUGAGUAACAUGGGAGUAAAUUAUACCGGAAAAUUUGUGUUAGCUCCAAUGGUGAGAAUUGGUGAAUUGCCGACUAGAUUGUUAGCCCUCAAAGCCGGGGCUGAUCUAGUCUGGGGCCCAGAGAUCAUUGAUAGAAAAAUCAUUACUUUCCAAAGAACUGAAAAUGAAAAGUUGAGAACCAUUGACUUUUUGACGGCGAAAGGGAAAACAAAAAAGGAUCCAAGUGGCUCGACUGUAUCUUUCAGAACACAUAGACCCUCGGAACAAGGGAAGUUGAUCUUCCAAAUGGGAACUGCAAACCCAGACUUAGCUGUUAAAGCUGCGAAUAUCAUUAUCGAUGACAUCGACGGUUUAGAUAUUAACGCUGGCUGUCCUAAACAUUUUUCUGUUCAUGCUGGUAUGGGUGCGGCUUUGCUAAAGACCCCGGAUUUGUUGUGUGAGAUCUUGACCAGACUUGUCAAUGAAGUUGGUAAACCAAAGAAUAAGCCAAUCAGUGUGAAAAUUAGAAUCUUGGAGAGUAAAGAAUCAACCUUGGAACUUGUUGAUAGAAUUCUUAAAACAGGAGUUGCUAAUUUGACUGUUCACUGCAGAACUAGGGAUAUGAGAAACAGAGAAAGCCCUAUAAGAGAUUAUUUGCCUUUCAUUAUUGAAAAGUGUAGAAACGCAAAAGUUAGCUUUAUCAUUAACGGUGGGAUCAAGAGCCAUCAAGAAUACCUUGAUCUUCAAAAAGAGUACGGGUCAGAUAUUGGGUCUAUGAUAGCGGAGGCAGCAGAAACUAACCCAACAGUAUUUUCUCCAAUACCUUAUCACUGGGCUAAAGCUGCCAAGGAAUUUGCUAAAUAUGCAACUGAGUUUGAUAAUCACUAUGCGAAUACAAAGUACUGUUUGAGUAGAAGUGUCCCAGGGAAGGCCAAAGUCUACCAGCACAUCACCAAACUGAAAUCCAAAGAAGAGAUUGCCCAGAUUAUGGAUAAAUUGGGAGAAGAUGGGAGUAUAGAAGGGAUAACAUCUGAGAAACUAAAUUCCGCUAAAGCCAAACCAAAUGGCGCUGAAGCGAAAACCAAUAAUAACAAGAGAGAUCUUGAGGAUCCCCAGCCAAACAAUGGUACUAUUGCAAAGAAAGCCAAAGUUGACCAAGUUGCUUAA